AUGGUAGCAUGUAUAGGACCAGCUUCAUAUAAUUACGAAGAAACGCUAGGAACAUUACGAUAUGCGAAUCGAGCAAAGAACAUCAAGAACAAGCCGAAAAUCAACGAGGAUCCGAAGGAUGCGAUGUUGCGAGAGUUCCAGUCGUUCGUGGCCGAGCAGUAUUUCAACGAGCAACAGCGUGCAAAAUCGCUGCCGAUCGUGAGCAUGCUCUCAAGGAUAAGAACGCUUAUUCAGGAGGAGCGUCGACGAAUCAUUGCUGAUCUGGAAGAGAGACAACGGCAGUUGGAGCGAGAACAGCAAGCGCAACAGGAAGUAGCUGAAACGAUUGCUAAAAUGGAAAGCAAACUUCUCGGUGGAACAGAUCUCCUGGAUCACACAAGACAGCAAGAGGCCGAACUGGAACAUCGACGGCGGGAGCUGGCCGAGCAAAAG